CCAGGGCUGUGUCUCGGCCCCGUGCCGCGCGCAGGCGCGGGCCGGCCUCACGCAUUCUACGUAACGGCUGGCGGAGGCUACGUGAAGAGUGGCGCGGCGUGACUGAGCUGCCUGGUCAGGCUGUGUCCUAGAGGCGUCGGGACAGUGAAAUCGCGGCGACCCGGCAGGCGGUGGCCGGGACCAGAGGCAGGCGGGAUAGAGGCGGCGGCCGCAGGAGCAGUGGGCCGGGUUCUAGCCCCCGGUGCAGGUGCAAUGAAAGGCUUCCAUGCUUUCUGUGUUGUCCUUUUGAUAUUUGGGAGUGUCUCUGAAGCCAAGUUUGAUGAUUUUGAGGAUGAGGAAGACAUCGUAGAGUAUGAUGAUAAUGACUUUGCUGAAUUUGAGGAUGUCGCAGAGGACUCUGUCACUGAAUCUCCUCAACGGGUGAUCAUCACUGAAGAUGAUGAAGAUGAGACCACCGUGGAGUUGGAAGGGCAGGAUGAAAGCCAAGAAGGAGACUUUGAAGAUGCAGAUACCCAGGAGGGAGAUACCGAGAGUGAACCAUAUGAUGAUGAAGAAUUUGAAGGUUAUGAAGACAAACCAGAUACUUCUUCUAGCAAAAGUAAAGACCCAAUAACAAUUGUUGAUGUUCCUGCACACCUCCAGAACAGUUGGGAGAGUUAUUAUCUAGAGAUUUUGAUGGUGACUGGUCUGCUUGCGUACAUCAUGAAUUAUAUAAUCGGGAAGAAUAAAAACAGUCGCCUUGCUCAGGCCUGGUUUAACACUCACAGGGAGCUUUUGGAGAGCAACUUUACCUUAGUAGGGGAUGAUGGAACCAACAAGGAAGCCACCAGCACAGGAAAGCUGAACCAGGAGAAUGAGCACAUUUACAACCUGUGGUGUUCUGGCCGGGUGUGCUGUGAGGGGAUGCUUAUCCAGCUGAGGUUCCUCAAGAGGCAGGACUUACUGAAUGUCCUGGCCCGGAUGAUGAGGCCAGUGAGUGAUCAAGUGCAAAUAAAAGUAACUAUGAAUGAUGAAGACAUGGAUACUUAUGUGUUUGCUGUUGGUACUCGGAAAGCCUUGGUGCGACUACAGAAGGAGAUGCAGGAUCUGAGUGAGUUUUGUAGUGACAAACCUAAGUCAGGAGCCAAGUAUGGACUGCCUGACUCCUUGGCCAUCCUGUCAGAGAUGGGAGAAGUCACAGACGGAAUGAUGGACACAAAGAUGCUUCACUUUCUUACACAUUAUGCUGACAAGAUUGAAUCCAUUCAUUUUUCAGACCAGUUCUCUGGUCCAAAAAUUAUGCAAGAGGAGGGUCAGCCCUUAAAGCUGCCUGACACUAAGAGGACACUAUUGUUUACAUUUAAUGUGCCUGGCUCAGGUAACACUUACCCAAAGGAUAUGGAGGCUUUACUACCCCUGAUGAACAUGGUGAUUUAUUCUAUUGAUAAAGCCAAAAAGUUCCGACUCAACAGAGAAGGCAAACAAAAAGCAGACAAGAACCGAGCUCGAGUGGAGGAGAACUUCUUGAAGCUGACACAUGUGCAGAGGCAGGAAGCAGCCCAGUCCCGGCGGGAGGAGAAGAAAAGAGCCGAGAAGGAGCGAAUCAUGAAUGAGGAGGAUCCUGAGAAGCAGCGCAGGCUAGAGGAAGCUGCUUUGAGGCGUGAGCAAAAGAAAUUGGAGAAGAAGCAAAUGAAGAUGAAACAAAUCAAAGUGAAAGCCAUGUAAUAGCCAUCCCAGAGAGCUAAGUCCUAACACCACCUUUAAGUUCAAAAUUCACAGGAAACAAAAGCUACCAGUUCGUUUCUCAUCUUAAAGUUUCCCAGUGACUGAGAAGUCCUUAUUUCAUCACCUGUUCUGUUUUGGCUUGGAGUCUUACAGAGGUUAUAGAUACAUUGGAAGGAGUCUGUUUCAGUCAUUUUCUUCCAGAUAAUCAAAUUAUUUUGAUUAUUUUAUAAAAGGAGUGAUAUAUGAAAUCUGUGUAGUUUUAAAACAUUUUAAAAAUUAUAACAUGAAUCAUAAGUACUUUUAGUGCUUGAUAUUUGAAGAAAUAUCAUGAAAUUUAUAGAUAUAUAAUUAGAUUGUUGCUUUUUUGUUUAAGCUAGGCAGUUGAAAUGGCAAUGAAGAUUGACUAUAAACCGCAAUUCCACAAAUAACCAUUGGAAUUACACAAUAAACAUUUCUUGGUGUUC